AUGGACCAGAAAGCUCUAAAGAAACUGGUAGAAUCCAUUAGUAAUACUGUUAAGACCUUCAAAAAAAAUGAAAUAGAGUGUCUUAUAAGACUUUUUCACAGCUUGGUAAAAACAACAGAUAAAAGGCUUGAUAAUGUUGGAUUAGAUCUUAAUGCAUUUCGAGGGAUCCUGCACAACACAUUUGGAAUGACUGAUGAUUUGCUACUGAAUAGGGUGUUCUAUGUAUUUGACAAAGACAAAGAUAACUGUGUAAAUGUAAAAGAGUGGGUUAAAGGAUUAUCAGUGUUUCUUCGAGGGACUUUUGAAGAAAAACUAAAGUUUUGUUUUGAAGUUUAUUAUUUAAAUGGUGAUGGCUACAUUUCUCGGGAGAAAAUAUUUGACAUGUUGAAGAACAGUCUACAUCAACAGUCAUCUGAAGAAGAAGGUGAUGAAGCAAUAAAAGAUCUAGUUGAAAUUGCACUGAAGAAAAUGGAUUAUGACAACGAUGGCAAGAUAUCUUUUGCAGACUUUGAAAAAGCAGUGAAAGAAGACAGACUUUUGUUGGAGGUGUUUGGACCAUGUUUACCAGAAGCAAAGGUACAGUGCCAAUGGUUCAAAGAAAACUUGAAAGGAUCGUAAUCAUAAAGUAAUACUUGCAAGAUAUUCACCUAUAUAAGCCUUCAACCCCAGCUGAA